AUGCUCACCUUCGCCUCCUGCCUGCCCGGGUCUCUACUGCUCUGGCUGCUGCUGCUGUUGCACUUGGGGGCAGCCUCUCCCCAGGACUCCGAGGAGCCUGACAGCUACACGGAAUGUACAGAUGGCUAUGAGUGGGACCCCGACAGCCAGCACUGCCGAGAUGUCAAUGAGUGCUUGACCAUCCCCGAGGCCUGCAAGGGUGAAAUGAAAUGUAUCAACCAUUACGGGGGCUACCUGUGCCUGCCCCGGUCGGCUGCCGUCAUCAACGACCUGCAUGGCGAGGGAUCCCCACCCCCGCCGCCCCCUGCUCCACACCCCAAUCCCUGCCCUCCCGGCUAUGAACCCGACGAGCAGGAGAGCUGUGUGGAUGUGGACGAGUGUGACCAGGCCUUGCACGACUGCCGCCCCAGCCAGCAGUGCCAUAACCUGCCUGGCUCCUACCACUGCACCUGCCCUGAGGGCUACCGCAAGAUUGGGCCAGAGUGUGUGGACAUAGAUGAGUGCCGCUACCGCUACUGCCAGCACCGCUGCGUGAACCUGCCCGGCUCCUUUCGCUGUCAGUGUGAGCCAGGCUUCCAGCUAGGACCCAACAACCGCUCCUGUGUGGAUGUGAAUGAGUGUGACAUGGGGGCCCCGUGUGAGCAGCGUUGCUUCAACUCCUAUGGGACUUUCCUGUGUCGCUGCCACCAAGGCUACGAGCUGCACCGGGACGGCUUCUCCUGCAAUGAUAUCGACGAAUGCAGCUAUUCCAGUUAUCUCUGCCAGUACCGCUGUGUUAACGAGCCAGGCCGCUUCUCCUGCCACUGCCCGCAGGGCUACCAGCUGCUGGCCACGCGCCUCUGCCAAGACAUUGACGAGUGCGAGUCGGGCGAGCACCAGUGCUCCGAGACCCAGACCUGUGUCAACUACCAUGGGGGAUACCGCUGCGUGGACACCAACCGUUGCGUGGAGCCCUACGUCCAGGUGUCCGACAACCGCUGCCUCUGUCCGACCUCCAACCCCCUGUGCCGGGAGCAGCCUUCAUCCAUCGUGCACCGUUAUAUGAGCAUCACCUCUGAGCGGAGCGUGCCCGCCGACGUGUUCCAGAUCCAAGCGACGUCCGUCUACCCAGGCGCCUACAAUGCCUUUCAGAUCCGUGCUGGAAACUCGCAAGGGGAUUUCUACAUUCGGCAAAUCAACAACGUCAGCGCCAUGCUGGUCCUCGCCCGGCCCGUGACGGGCCCCCGGGAGUACGUGCUGGACCUGGAGAUGGUCACCAUGAACUCCCUCAUGAGUUACCGGGCCAGCUCUGUACUGAGACUCACCGUCUUCGUGGGGGCCUACACCUUCUGA